GAAAAAGGCUUUUCAUUAAACAAACACAUCAAAUGCCGUUUCCUAACGUCUUUCAUAUAAAACAGGUACAUUAUAAAACAAGGUCCUAUGUUCACGAAGUCUAGAAUCCGAUUGAAUUCUUUUGAUUGACGUUAAUGCGUUUACAAGUAAACAUUUUAUUUGCAAAUGCCUGUUCGCUUUAUCUAAAACAAUCUAAGCGUCCCUGGUUUUCUCAUAAGAAAUUUGUGUGCAAUCAAUCAAGAAAACCACGCGUUGCUAUUGUGGGUACUGGUCCAGCCGGUAUUUAUUGUGGUAAAACAUUAAUUCAUUUGUUUCGUCAUCGUAUAGAGAUAGAUUUUUACGAGAAAUGUUUAACUCCUUAUGGACUUCUUCGUUUUGGAAUAGCACCUGAUCAUAGGGAGUUACGGGCUGCUGCUAGGGAAUUUGACACUCUUUUAUAUUCCCGUCAAAAUCAUGUUCGUUUUUUUAAUGGUGUUAAUGUCGUUGAUUGCCCACCUUUUCAAGCGUCAAUGUGUCAUGUCCCAAUUGAUUCUUCAAACCAAGACGGUUUCUCAAGUAUCGCGUUGAAAACAUUAAGGUGUACAUAUGACAGUGUCGUUUUAGCUACUGGAACGGAAGAGGUCAGACGCUUAAAUAUACCCUAUCGAUAUUUAAAUGGAAUAAUCUCAGGAGAUCAUUUUAUGAAAUGGUGCAAUGGUUUUGCAUCUAAUGAAAAAAGUGAUAAACAAUUUAAUUUAUACAAAUUCCCUUCAAAACCUAAAAGUCAUGAUGUAUGGACUGUUCAACGCUUCAUUCAACAAACAACGUUUCUACACGGGGCAGUUCAAAGAAUGAAUCCCAACACUCCAAAAAACCCUCACAUUCUUAUUAUAGGCUUAGGAAAUGUUGCACUGGAUGUUGCAAGACUUUUAUUAAAGCGUGAGCCUCUUCCUUUGUUACCACCACAUAUUUCAGCACUAUUACCUGAACUUCACGCUAAACGUAUCACUAUCAUGGGAAGAAAAAAUUUAUUGCUAAAUCGUUUUUCUCCAACUCAACUUCGAGAAAUUCUUUCGUUGCCUUAUGUUAACAUUUCUCGUAAUGAAUUGCUGGAGUGUGUUACUCCCAAGAGUCGUUCGGAAAGAAAAACAUACCAAUUAUUAAAAAGCAUCCCGUUUCGUGAUCAUGUUCUUGACAAAAUGGGUGAACCCUCUUUAAAUUUUUUAGGGGAGUGUGAACCGGUUAAGUAUGGUUAUUCAAAUGCCAAUCCUUCGUGGGUUUCUCAUCUUUGUUAUAAACAUAAAACGAGUAUGGCCUCGCUACCUGCGGACAUUGUUGUCGAGUGCUUGGGGUACGCCUCUAAUGCCAAAUUCCCUGACUCUUUACAUGUUUAUGAAACAUUUUCCUUUUCAUCUAACAAAGCAAGCAAGGCGGUAUGUCCCGUCUUUCGUACGGGAUGGUGUAAAACAGGAUCUACUGGAGCGUUACCUGAUACCAUUACGGAUGCUGUAUGUACAGCACAUCACGUUCAAAUGUGUUUAAAGAAAGUCUUUUGUGUUUAAGGUUUUUUUUUAUUUUGAACGCCACAUUUUAUUAAAAAUAUCAUUGUUUCAAGUCGUUAGUUUGGUUUCAUAGUUACUUUUUAAGGGAAG